CGUACCCAGAUCAUAUUAUUUAUUGUGUACAGUACAGUUAUGAAGUGGCUUAUACACUAUAUCUUUUUUUUGUAUUUGUCAGUCGUAACGUAUGUAGAAUCGAUGCGAAAUGUUGAAACCAAUCAGAAAAAUGUACAUCGUACUCAUAUAUUCAACAUGUUACACAAGACAAACUUAUUCUCAGCAAAACAGAUGCUGCAACAUGAAAGAAAAUCAGAUCAUUCCAUUCGAAGCAAUAACAAUUAUCAAGAAAGUAGAGUAAAUGUAAAUAAUAAUUAUAUUUUUAAAUGGAAUGAAGUUAAUGCAAACAGGACCCCUGUGAACAAUUUACGAAAAAGAUAUUCAAAUUUUUCUUUUGUCAGCUCUCCGUAUCUGACAAAUUUUGAGACAGCGUUAGGUGCUGUGCAUAGGGUUAAGAGUGGUGAAAGAGAACAGGAAUUUAUAUCUGGAAAAAAACACAGGAAAUAUUUUCUGAAAAGAAAGAGAAAUGCUUAUGACAAUGCUCAUCCUGUUUUUAAAAGAGAAGUUCCAUCCGUGAAUUCUUCAUCUCAAGAUAGUAAUAGUACUGAGACUAACGCAGGUUCAAAUUCCGAAACACCAGUUUCUUCACCUCCCCAUCCAGGUAGUUCUCUUCCUGGUCUUAAGCCAUCACAAGCAUUACCUGACUCUUCACUGCAACACUCUGAUGAUAAUGUUAUUUCCAAAGGCACACAAAAUGCAGUCAACAUAUCAACAAAAACUGAUAAAGAGAUUCCCAACAAUUUUCCACUUGAACAGGAUUUAAAUGCAACAAAACAUGUUGUUAACCAAACUCACCCCAGGACACCAACAAAUACAGCAAGUGUCACAUUACAACAUCCUGUGACAACUGCUGCAAGAACAACAGCGCCAAAGAGCGCCUCUCAGGAAGCGCCCUCAAACAGACCAAUGCCUGUCACAGCUGUACAGCAACAGCACUCUGACAUGACACUACCAUUACAGAAGCCAACUGCAAAAAGCGUCAAACCAAACGUGGAAGAACUUCAGGAACGAACGUCUGAGACCGAGUGCAAGAAUGGACAGUGUGCUCCAUUGGAUGGGCCAAUUUCACGGUUCAGUGAUGCGACAUGGGCUGUGGGAAGCAUGACCUUUAUCCUAAUGUUGUUAACUGUGUCUGUGCUGUAUACAGGUUUAUGGAAAAAGAGGAACCAUUUUUUCUAUGGAUUUAAAAGCCGAGAAGAAUCCGCUGUUUCUCAACACCAUUUCAAUAGAACAAAUGUUUCUGACAUGAUAAGACGCUUGAAGUCCACUAAGAAGAAUGAGAUGAUCCGCUUAAAACGAAUGUUUGGGAGUAAAUAUAAUAGAGUUCCACUGGCAGAAGGAAGUGAUAUUGAGGAAGAUGAUAGCAGUGUGUAGAUCAUGAAAACAACCAUUGUUUUGAUAUUAAAGGUGAAAUUCCUUGGAAUAUAAGAAAGUACAAAAAUUAUUCAUAUGUAUGAGGUGGUUAUGAAUAAUUAUGAACUGCAUUUGUUCAGAAACUCAAGUAUUGAUUGAUUGUAAAUAUAUUUUGUAAAGAAAUUUUGCAGACAUCAUUGGCUUUGUUAAUGGACCUCAGUCACAAAUUAUUAUGUUGUUUAUAUAUAAUGAAUUUGCUAUAUCAGUCCAAGCAUGAUCAAAGGACCCUCAAGAGGUCAAGUGGACCUUUCCAUUAAGCCACGCCCCUUAGAUAUUGUUUCUAAGGUCCCACAAAAUCACAGGUAGAUGUAUGAAAACGUGCUUGUGGGACAUAUGCAUUCCUGGCCCUAUUAUGAUUGGUCAGAUAUCAGGGUUCAAAUUUCCCCACAGCACCAACAGCAAUGGCUGUAGAAAGAGCCUUCCACUGCUGUGGUCAAUCCCAGGAUCGACAGCAAGCUUUUAGCUGUCGAGCUGCUUAACCCAGGCUAGGCCUAACAAUAGAUUUUACCCUUAAAAACAAUAAAAACUGUUGAUUGUUGCUGUAGAAGAAGAAUAAAUUGCUGUAGUAAAAUCAUAGCCUACAGAAGCUUUUCGCUGAUGGAGCAUUUUUAGGAAAUUCAGUUAGAUUUAAACUUGGGGUCCACAAAGCCAUAGGGGUCCAUCAAUGUCUGUUGGAUCAUGGUGAAAAAUAUUAUUUUCCUCCAUGUUCAUUUUUCCUGUAUUGGUGGAUCUUUUACAAAAUAAUAGCAGAGCAGUCAUGACUGCUCCCUGCUAAUCAACACAAGAGGUCAGACAGUGCUAGAAUUUGAAGCCUUGUCCAGACUCAAAUUUUUUUUUUUUUGACAAAAUUAAUACUGUAUGGUCAUUAUGGGGCCCUCCCCCCUGAAUCAGCCACUGAAUUUGUGAUUUUUUUUUUCAGUAUAGUAAAAGGUGUGUAAAUGAGUGAAAAUUUUAUCUGUGUCUCAUUGAAAGAUUUUAAUGUAUUUGGUGCAUUUAAUUGAGCAAAAUCAUUGUUUUAAUUGAUUCAAUUUAAUAAAUUUAAUUGUUUUUA